CUGGUGAAACCGCAUUGUUUGUUUCAAAGGAAGAAUCUGGGCCGAGCCGCGGCCGCCGUGCGUCUACCCGGGGACAGGCCAAGGCGUCGACACGGAUCCCAGGAACGCUGCUCGCGGCUGAUUCCGGGGCCCCUCCUCCAUUCGCCCGGACAGGGGAGGGAGUCACAACCGGAAGAGCUGGAGAGGAGGGGAGGCUUUUGUGAUCGCUCCGUGGCGGUGGCCACAGUUCGCGGUCAGGCUGGGAGAACGAUCCGUCGCCAUUAGAGGCUCCCCCGACUGCUCAGCGUCCCCCUGCAGAUCUCCCAAGAUGAGGCGAAAAGGACGUUGGCAUAGGGUUUCUGCCCCCAGAACAUCUACUUCUCCAUGUAGUAUGAAACAUUCCCCGACUCGAGAGACCUUGACCUAUGCCCAGGCACAGAGAAUGGUUGAGAUUGAAAUUGAAGGCCGCUUGCACAGAAUAAGUAUAUUUGACCCUCUAGAUAUUAUUUCUGACGAUGACCCCACUGCUCAAGAAAUGAGUGAAUGCAAUAGCAAUAAAGAAAACAGUGAGCAACCUCCCCAGGUUUGUCUGCGGUCUAAAAGACACAAAGCAAGCAAAGCAAAAAAGAAAAGUGAAGUUCUUCCAACCACUCAUGGUCAUGCGACCACCAGCACUCUGCCAGAGCCCAAAGUUCGCGUCAUAGAAUGUAGCCCCCCAUCAGCUCCUAAUAGGCCUUCUGCUUACUACCAGUUUCAGGAAAAGUCCUCCGAAGAGUUGGAUACAGAGGUGGAAUACGACAUGGAUGAGGAGGAUUAUGCUUGGUUGGAAAUAAUAAAUGAAAAAAGGAAAAGCGAGGGCUUCUCAGUAGUUUCUCAAGACAUCUUUGAAUUUCUUAUGGACCGCUUUGAGAAAGAAUCUUACUUUGAAAACCAAAAGCAGGGUGAGCAGCAGUCGCUGAUCGAUGAGGAUGCCGUGUGUUGUAUUUGUAUGGACGGUGAAUGUCAGAAUAGUAAUGUUAUCUUGUUUUGCGAUAUGUGUAACUUAGCAGUACAUCAAGAGUGUUACGGCGUGCCAUACAUACCAGAAGGACAGUGGCUAUGUAGGCAGUGUCUACAGUCAGGUAAUACCGCUAUUGAGUGCGUGUUGUGCCCAAACAGGGGAGGUGCCUUUAAAAAGACUGAUGACGAUCGAUGGGGACAUGUUGUUUGUGCCCUAUGGAUACCGGAAGUAGGGUUUGCAAACACAGUUUUUAUUGAACCAAUUGACGGUGUUCAAAACAUUCCCCCGGCAAGAUGGAAAUUAACUUGCUACCUCUGCAAGAAAAAAGGUGUUGGUGCCUGCAUUCAGUGCCAUAAGGCGAACUGUUACACAGCUUUCCAUGUAACCUGUGCUCAGAAGGCUGGGCUGUACAUGAAAAUGGAGCCUGUGAAGGAAGUGACUGUGAGCGGCACUACAUUUUCUGUAAAGAAGACUGCGUACUGUGAUGUCCAUACUCCCUCAGGGAGUGUCAGGCGGCCACUAAAUAUUUAUGAUGAACCAGAGACAAAAAAUGGGAUUUGUAGGAAGGGCACGGACAAGUCCAUGAGGUCAACAUCUAAAGUUAGGAAAAAAGCUAAGAAAUCAAGAAAAGGUGCGACGGAAACCUGUCCAGUGGUACCCAGUGUCAGUGUACCGGAUAUUCCACCUCAGAGAAUAAACAAAAUAAUAAACCAGGUAUCAAUUCAGCGGAAAAAGCAAUUUGUUGAACGGGUACAAAGUUACUGGCUCCUAAAGAGACUGUCAAGAAAUGGCAUUCCUUUACUGAGGCGGCUGCAGUCCAGUCUACAGUCCCAGAGAAGUAUUGAACAGAGAGAAGAUGAUGAGGAAGUCCAGUCCUUGAAAAAGAAGUUAAAAUACUGGCAGCGGUUAAGGCAUGACCUUGAAAGAGCGCGGCUACUUAUUGAACUUAUCCGAAAACGGGAAAAAUUAAAACGUGAACAGGUUAAAGUUGAGCAGGUGGCUAUGGAGCUUCAGUUGACCCCACUGACGGUACUACUGCGAUCACUGCUUGAACAACUGCAGGAGAAGGAUCCUGCCCAUAUAUUUGCUCAGCCUGUUAAUCUUUCAGAGGUUCCGGAUUAUUUGGACCACAUAAAACACCCCAUGGACUUUUCUACCAUGAAGCAACGGUUAGAGGAGCAGAGGUACAAAAAUCUGAAUUUGUUUGAAGAGGACUUCAAUCUAAUCAUUGAGAACUGCAUGAAGUAUAAUGCCAAGGACACAAUCUUCCAUCGUGCUGCUGUUCGGUUGCGGGAUCAAGGCGGGGUUUUGUUAAGGCAAACUAGACGAGAUGUUAAUGCCAUUGGUUUUGAUGAAGAAACAGGAAUGCAUUUGCCAGAGCCACCAAAAAUUGAACCACCACCUCAGUUUUCAUGGGAAGAUGUUGAUAAGCUGCUAAAUCCCAGUAAUCGUGUCCAUAUGCCCUUGGAGGAACAGCUGAAAGAGAUGCUGGAGAAACUAGACUUAACUUUUGCUAUGAAAUCAAGUGGAUCCCGCAGUAAACGCUUAAAACUGUUGAAGCGAGAGAUUAGUAACGUCCGGCAGCUGCUGUCCCAGCAGCAUGUUCAGCCUCCACAAAUAGAGUCAGGUAUUGGAAGCUUUGAAGAGGAGAACGGGUCAAUCGUGGAGAACGACGGUGAUGAAGACGGAGAUAAAUCUCCCCCUAAACUUGAACCAUCUGAUGCAUUACCUCUACCUUCAAACUCGGAGCCUAAUUCUGAACCACCAACCCUCAAACCAAUAGAGCUCAAUCCCGAGCAGAGUAAGCUAUACAAACGAGUCACUUUUGAUAAUGACUUACAUAGCACUACUGUUCAGGAUGAAAUGGUAAAUGGACACAGUUCAGAACAUUUACUUAAGGACAGUAAUCUAAGUGAUUCGACAGAUGGUGAAGUAGCGGAGUCCUCAGCUGAUGUAAACAGACGUACAUCCGUUCUCUUCCGCAAAUCCAAAAGUGUAAGCCCCCAAAAGCCUGGAAAGAACAAUGAAACCCAGCCAACUUCACCACAGCUAGGGCCCAAAACCUUUUUGUCUGUAGUCCUUCCAAGGUUGGAAACAUUGCUGCAGCCAAGAAAAAGGUCAAGGAGCUCAUGUGGAGAUUCAGAGCCAGACGACGAGUCCCCUGUAAAGCGUUUGGACACAGGUCUUCCCAAUGGCUUUGAAGGAGGAGACAAGGAAAAAGAUGAAGUAGCUCCUGUACGGAAGGUGGAACCACGGAGAAGGUGUGCUUCAGAAUCUAGUCUCUCCUCCAACAACAGCAUGCUGUGUAACUCCAGCACCUUUACGUUGCCGAAGUGCGGCAGAGGUAAACCAGCACUUGUACGCCGUCACACAAUAGAAGAUCGAAGUGAGCUUAUAUCUUGCAUAGAGAAUGGGAAUUACGCAAGGGCGGCCAGAAUUGCAGCAGAAGUUGGACAGACAAAUAUGUGGGUAUCUGCAAGUGCGUCUGCUGCCUUUCUUGAACCUUUAAAAGUUGUGUGGGCCAAGUGCAGUGGCUAUCCUUCUUAUCCAGCAUUGAUAAUAGACCCGAAGAUGCCACGUGUCGGUUGUCACCACAAUGGUGUUGCUAUACCAGUUCCUCCUAUGGAUGUGUUAAAAACUGGAGAACAGAUGCAAACAAGGGCCGAAGAAAAGCUUUUUUUGGUUCUGUUUUUUGACACUAAAAGGAGCUGGCAGUGGCUACCAAAGUCCAAAAUGGUUCCUCUUGGCAUAGAUGAAACUAUUGACAAGUUGAAAAUGAUGGAAGGACGCAACUCAAGCAUUCGGAAGGCUGUACGCGUAGCUUAUGAUCGAGCCUUGAACCAUUUAAGCAGGGUUCAAGGGGAGUCCGUUAGUGACUUCAGUGAUAUUGACUAAGGAAGGUGCUAUGAAGACACAACACGCCUCAUGUACUCUUAAGCUUUAUUUCUAACCUCUUCCUCUGAAAGAAUGUAUUGAAGACACAAUUCCUAAUCUUCAAAUGGGUGAAGAUGUGUGUUUUUUUUGUUUGUUUUUUUUUGUAAAGGAGCAUGAACCUAUUGCUACCAUUUGGAUGAUUUUAUCUCAUUGUAGUUUGGAGGAGCUUCCACUAAAGUUGUUAAAAGUUAUUAUGUUUAUAGUGUUCAUAAUGUGUACAUAAAUGUAUAUUGGGAAACGCUUAACUUAUUCUGACUGAGAUGGUUCAUAAAUUCCCAACAGGCCAAAACCUGUCAAUGCAUUUUUUGUUUGUUUGAAUCAAAAUUUAGAGGUUUAUUAUUAUUUUUUAACAGUUGAGCCUUUGCACCACUUUACAAAAGGUUUAUUUUUUAUUUUAAUACGCUAGGUUUGAAAAUUGCUAUGUUUAAAAUAUAUUUAAUAUACUGCUACCUAGCGUGUCCACUCUUCUAUUGACUACUGUAACUAUAUAAGUAUUUUAAAUGAUGUAUUUACCAUGGCAAAGAGAACAAUGUGCUAUUAUGUUUGGAUAUUUUGAUUUCAACCGGGCAUUGGAAAAAUCCACUGGCUGUUAAGGCUGGUGUCUAGAUCCUUGCAGUUGUGCAUACUUGUUUCUUCCCCUGCCACGUUAACAUGCCAUAAUAUAUUAUUUAAGAAACAUUUAUCCAGCGUUGUGUUAUAUUUUUGCCAAUAGACUUCUAAUUUGGCAAAAAAUUUGUGUUCCCUUUCAAAGAUGAUACCUCCUUGUUGUACCCUUGUGCAACAUCAUUGUUUUUGUUUCCUUAAUUAUUUUAAAAGGUUUCAUUUUUUUUUAUAUAUUUUUAAUCUUUUUGGAGAAAAGGGUUCUCAGCACAUUGUCCUCUUUCAAUUCCCACUACCUUUCUCCCAUAGAUUUUAUUUUUUUUAUAUACAAAAAUAUAUAUAUACGUUUAAUUAUGUGUGCCUGGGUUGUUUGUUUAAAAAAAAAUUAAUUUGCUUUAAAAUGAAAAUUUAAUUUUGUCAAAUUCUAUUAACAUAUUUUAUUUCAGGCACAUAACUGUCAACAUGCUUUAGAAGAAAUAUGCAUCAAAAUCUGUUACGGAAUAUGAGAUUGCUUUUCUGUGUUUCCUUUUUGUUUUUCUUUUUUUAAUAUUUUUUUUUUUUCCCUAAGGAAAUGGGUUUGGUAACCUGUUAUAAUUUAGAAGCUUGGUAGCAAUAGAACCUUUGGAUACAUUUUGUAUGGUACAUGUGAUGUAUAUAGAAUUAGUACUUUAUUUUUAAGACCUAAAGCAUUAUGUUAGGGACAUAUAUGUAUGGUGGGUUUCCAGAGCUGCAUUUUUAUAUUAAAAUAAAAAGUCAAGAUUUUGAUGUACCUUA